AUGAGAGUCAGUUGGAUACUUACAAAAGUGAUGUCGAUAAUGGCAGAACUCAGUCCAAGGACUGAUACUUCUACAGAUGGGGACACAGAAGACAAGGCUCUGGGGUUCCAUAGUGGUCAAUCACAUGGGCUUGUGGUUUCUGAUGCCAGUGAUAAGUCAAGGGAUCAAAAGACACUUCGUAGACUUGCUCAAAAUCGUGAAGCUGCAAGAAAGAGCCGAUUGCGGAAGAAAGCGUAUGUUCAACAGCUGGAAAGCAGUAGAAUGAAGCUGACUCAACUUGAGCAGGAGCUACAAAGAGCUCGACAGCAGGGUAUCUUCAUUUCAAGUUCAGGAGAACAAUCUCAAUCAAUGAGUGGGAAUGGAGCAUUGGCUUUUGAUGUGGAAUAUGGGCGGUGGCUGGAGGAGCACAACCGCCGGAUUAACGAGCUGAAAGGGGCGGUGAGCAACCACGCGGGUGAUGGUGAGCUGCGGAUCAUAGUGGAUGGGGUGGUGGGCCAUUAUGAAGAUAUUUUCAGAAUAAAAGGUGGAUUCCGUUCUUCAGAGCUCUUAAAGUUGCUUAUAACUCAAUUGGAACCGCUGACAGAGCAGCAGUUAUUGGCAAUUGGGAAUUUACAGCAGUCAUCACAGCAGGCGGAGGACGCGUUGUCCCAAGGAAUGGAGGCACUGCAGCAGUCAUUAGCUGAAACAAUUGCAGGAUCUCUUGCCACCUCAAAUCCAUCAUCAGGAGGCAAUGUAGCCAAUUACAUGGGCCAAAUGGCCAUGGCUAUGGGCAAAUUAGGAACCCUAGAAGGCUUCAUUCGACAGGCAGACAAUUUGAGGCAACAAACUUUACAACAAAUGCAUCGAAUACUGACAACACGUCAAUCAGCUCGAGCACUUAUAGCCAUCAAUGACUAUUCCUCUCGGCUUCGAGCUUUGAGCUCAUUAUGGCUAGCACGCCCUCGUGAGUGAAUGACUCAUCAAAUCCUUCUUUUCAAUCACAAAAUGUGACUUGAGCUUGUUGUUUGUAUCAAUUAUACAAAAAGAAAAAAAAGAAAAAAAAAAAAAAACUCUCAUUUGCAAGAAAGUGGUAAGGAUUUGUAACAAGCAGGAAGAGCAGCAAAUAUAUGUGUAUCUCAUCUCUCAUCUCUCAUCUCUCAAGUUGUUGGACUCAUUCCUGGUUAUCUUCUUCUUCUUCAAAUAUGGUGUAAUGGUGCUGAGUUCUACUUCUACCUCCUUGUACCCUUUUGUAUGAAUGAUUAUGAUGAUGAUAUCUCAAUGAUUUAACUUAUAGAAUUUGCAAUAAUUUGGUGUAAUCUUUGUGUUAAUUUAAACUGACAAGAUAGGUACAUUAUGAAUUUGUAGUUUCCUUGUGCUUUUUUAAAUGCUAAUGUUUGAAUUUGGUUUGUAUUUUGUUGUCUGUAUCUUUCUAGUUUCCAUAAUGACAUUCGUUAUUGGGGACAUGUUUCUUAUUCUUUCCCUAUG